CUCGUGUGUCUUGAACGAGAAGUGCUUUCAGUGAGCCAAUGUGUAAAUGGUUCAUUACAUUCUCAACAGUACUAAUGACAGCUUCUGAUAGUGUUGUUUCCGGAAGUGUCUCUCUGGCAAGUACACAUACUUAUGAAUUGACCAAUAUGAAGGCCCCUGACAUGGAACCACAAAUAUUCUUGGGGAGUAAAUAUUUAUGUCAUAACUCAUCAGUAAAACGAAGAAGUUUUAGAGAUGAGAGUGAAGUAUGCUUCUGGAAUAAUCCAUGUGCAAAUAUUGGUGUUUGUCAGCCAAGACCAGAUAAGCCAGCAGGCUUUAUUUGCAAAUGUUAUGAACAGUUUUACAUUGGUGAGGAGUGUAUUGUGGGUAGACUGCAGGAAAGGAACUACUGUGAUGAAAAUAAUGACUUGUGUCAGAAUGGAGGAAGCUGCAAACCAAUGUGGGGAAGCUAUUUUUGUGAGUGCUCAGAUGAAUAUGAAGGACGUAAAUGUGAAAAUAGGAAGAACGGUGAAACAACCAGGAUGUCCCAACCAGUUUUUCUCUAUGAUAUUGACACAGGGACAACAAAUUCAUGUACUUUCCUACUAUUUUUUAAAAAGAAAAAUGUGGGCCAUAACUUCACAUUCACAUUAUAUCUAAAUGAAAUAAAAAUUUUUGAUGCCCACAAAGAAGACAUGUACCUUGAAGUUCCUUCAAAAUGGAAGGUUUCACUGAAGUCAAAGCAUUUAACUUCAAAGUUUAUUGAUGAUGUGACAUACUGUUAUCACUGGAAAAUGCAGUUCUUUUUUGUGCAUCAGUCAGUGAAUGCUGGAAUAAAAUUAUACAAUAAUGGAAAAGUACAGUUUGAAGAUAACUACUUCAUUAACAUUACACGAGACCCUGGAAAAUGUGUGCCAAAUCUGGAACUGAACGAUUGGUAA